CUCUCUCUAUUUCAGAUACAUAAACACAAACACACACUCACACAUACACACACACAUACGCACGCAAACUAACCCCCUUCUUUUCUUCUCUCUUUCUCUCUUACCCCCGCUCUCUGACUCUUCCCCUCUCUAUUUGUCUAUCUCUCUCUAUCUUCCCCCCUCUCUCUGUCUUUCUGUCUGUCUCUCGCUUUCUCGCUUGCUCCAUCCAGUUUCACUUAAGUCUUCACCAUUCCUUCGUUCCCUCACUAAUCCACUCUAUCUCUCUCUCUCCCUCUCUCACAUCCCUUCUUUAUAUCUGUAUUUCUCUCACACACUCUCGCUUCCUCCCACUCCCUCUCUCUCUUACUCCCACUUAAGCCUAUAUCAUCCCUCCCACUCUCUGUCACUCUCAUGUUCUAUCCACCGUUUCGCUUUAGUCUCACUCACUCCCGCGCCAAUUCACUCACUCUGUUCCUUAUUCUCUCUCUCGCGCACACACACACACACACACACACUCUUCUCUCUAUCUGCCUCUCUCCUUCUCACUCUCUCUCUCGAUCUAUAUCAUACUACCUGCCUGUCACCUGUCACCACUAGAGAAGUCACACCUACUAUAUACAACCCCUGCUGGAUGUAGACGGGAGUAAGUCUCAAAGAACACCCCUGCCCCUUCGAAACAGGAGUACAAGUGCCAGAGAGGAUACAGGAUUUCAUUUUGGCCCACAACACUCACCUUCUUUCUUUUUGUCUCUCACUCUCUCUUCACUCUUCUCUUCUCCGAUGGAAAUUCAAGAUUCAGCACCAUCUUGGAGAAUAUUUACAGGAACAGAGACUAAACUAAAUGUAAAGUUUAUACAAACACUUCUUCUUCUCCGCAAUGGAUAUUAGCUGUUGCUGUUUGGUUCAAGAAGCUACAUGCUAAAUCAGGUGAGCGACAGUUCUCCUAUGGAUCGCCAUCCCCACAGAUUAAACUGGAUUAUCACUUUGACGGAUUAUCAGCCCCACACAUUUAAUUGGAUUCUUAACUCAAGCCUCACUGUAGAAAUGGAUAGGUAGCCUUUGGCGUAUGUGUGACCACCACCAGAUGGCAGCACGCCUAUCACAAUAUGGUGGCCAUGGCAAUGAUUCCCGCACCCUAUGGUCAAAACAAGAGCAGCAGCAACAGCAGCAUCAUCAUCAGCAGCAUCAGUCACAUUAUGUGCAGCAGCAGACUCGACCGCAGCUGCAGCAGAGUGAGCGCGACUCCUCAUCCUACCAACCCAUGAAACGAGAUGACUUUGACCACCGGCCCGUCUCCGUCACAAGUCAUACGUCUAGUGAAACUGAAGACUCCCAAAACCGGGACAGUCUGACCACUGUUCUCUUGCCCUCGUCACCGCUGGCAUCCUCAGGUAAACCUGGAAGAAGGGACCAGGUAUCGAUUGAUCUCUCCUCCUUACCAGACAUAAACUCUGAACGUGCUCGCUUUCGCACCCUCGAAGAAAGUCGACGACAGAUCUUUACAAAACGUUUCCCGAGUGCUCCUUACAAACCCAUCAAACCCCUCACACGCAAACCAUUCUGCCUCACAUUCUGGAGCAGUCUCCUUUUCUUCUUCGCUGCUCUCCUCACUUUUUUUCCAUUCUAUGCCAUCAUCUUUGCCUUCUUCCCCAUCUGUGUUUUUCUCAAGAUGGUACUCGCUACAUGUUGCUGCUGUUGCCAAGACUCUCAUGCAUGCACAUGCUGUUGCGCAACACACCUGACAACGCAUGAGAAAAUGUGGCUACGAUCGCCACCGCUGAACAGCGCUGUGAUCCAGUGCCUUCUCGUGGUCGAGCAUGGUCUGGACACGCCCACAAUCAAGGAUCUUCUCUACACACGGUUAAUUAUUGCUGAAAAACGGCGCAACCAAGCCACCUUUCCACGUCUUGUGCAGAAGGUGGUUCCAUUCUGCACUGGAUAUGCAUGGGUCUACGAUGAAGACUUCAACCUAGAAAACCACAUUCACACUUUAUCGGACUUCAUACAUACCGAGGAAGAGUUACAGGACUUUGUGUCGGAAAUGGCCAGCAAAGAACUAAACAUGAAUCAUCCGCUGUGGGAGGUGCAAAUUAUCCAUAACUUCGGACCGAGCAGAGACACCCUAAUCCUGUUUCGGAUCCACCCUUGUAUGUCUGAUAGCACAAGUCUUGUUAGAGUUUUUUUGAAGGCUUUUGUUGAUAACCAACCUAACCUUAGUCCCACCCGCCACCUGCCCAAGGGUAGGAUGUGCAUGAACUAUAUCGGUGGAAUUUUCACCGGUCCACUGGUUUUUUUACAGAAAUGGCUCUGUACAAAAUCAGAUCUAAAUCUAUUGCAUGGCAACCAUGUUCAUUUGUCGGGUCGCAAAAUCGUGGCCUGGUCCCAACCUUUUAGUCUCUCUGUAGCUACCCGUGUCAAACAGAUUGCUCGAUGCACACUCAAUGAUCUCUUUAUGUCGCUGGUGGCGGGAGGGUUGCGGUCCUACCUGCAGCAGAACGGUAUCGAGAACCCGUUUAACCUGAAGUGCAUCAUUCCAGUGAACAUGCAGGUGCGCACCAACAACAUGAGCAAUCAUUACGUGUUUAUAAACAGCACAAUCCCAACAAACACGGAAGGUGCAAUUCCCCGCUUGUGGCAUGUUAAGUGCAGCAUGGCAAAAUUUAAAAAGUCUUCUGAGUACCUUGUGUUGAAUGGUGCCAUGUGGUUAAGUAGUUGUAUGUUGCCAGAAAGCUGGCACGAUCGCGUCUGGUCAACGAUUAAUAAUCACUGUACAUGCCUCAUCUCAAACAUGGCAGGGCCUGAGAAUGUGCUCACACUCGACACGAAGGUCAUACGUAGCAUCAUGUACUGGAUGCCGACGCCUGACCAAGUGCCCAUCGCAAUAUCAUUCUUCACCUACGCUGAACAGAUACGUAUGGCUGUGAUAGGGGAUCGUUCUGUGCUUCCUAACCCAGAAUUCCUCACCAAAUAUUUUGUGUUUCAGCUAAGGCAGCUGUCCAAUCUUGUUGCCCAUCGGCGAGUUCCUGGCGAGCAACUGUGCCAGAAAUUGGAAAACCUGCACAUUUGUGAGUCUUCUGAAGACAUGUCUGUCCAACAGAUCCAGAUGAAAAUGGCUGUGGUGCAGCAGGAACUGUUUGAGUUGAAAAUGCGCCUCGAAGCACGCAGCGGGCGCAAGAUCUCCGAAAAGGACAUGCGUCUGAUUCGCAAAAUCGAACAACUUAAGGAGGAGCUACGAGAGCUGCUGGUUGAGUUGCGGAAACGUAAAUCUGAAGAAGAACAUAGCCUCAUUCUCACUAAUGUAAGUAUACGAUUCGUGUGGAGGCCAAAUUUGGAUUGGGUGGGGGGAGUUGUUUUGUAUUUUUCCAUCAUUCUUUUUCUUUUUAUCUUUGAUAAAAACAGAAAACAUUUCCUCUGUUCUAUAUUUAAGAGAUGAGGAAUUAUUUACAUU